AUGCAACUGUUACUAUUUGUAAAGCUGUUCGUCGUGUUUCUCAUUUUACAAAGAAACACCGCCAACAUGUUUUUCUUCAAAAAAAUAACCGUUUCGAAAGAGCAGUUGCUUCCGUCUAUUUAUGAUUACAGUGUGAAGAAGCUCGAUGGAACAUCUGUGUCAAUGUCUACUUACAAGAACAAGGUUUUGCUGAUUGUUAACUCGGCAUCCAAGUGCGGCUUAACGCGGAAGCAUGUAGAUCAGCUUAACGAGCUGCACGAUCGAUGGAACCAGAAGGGAUUAGAGAUUUUGGCCUUCCCGACGAGCCAAUUCCUAAACCAGGAAUUUCCCAACACGUGCGACAUUUCCACAUUUAACGAGAAAAACAAAGUCAAGUAUAACUUUUUCGCCCCUAUUGAAGUCAAUGGAGAAAACACACAUGAGCUGUUCAAAUUUUUGAAGGCCAACUGUGACACGAUGCACAAUGGAAAUGGACAGCUAGAAAACAUCGGCUGGAACUUUGGAAAAUUUUUAGUUGAUAAGAGCGGAAACGUAGUCAGUUAUUUUUCACCAAGAACUUACCCCCUUGAGAUUGAAAAGAACAUAACAGACUUAGUAUGA